GUCCAAAUAUUAUAGGUUAUGUCCAUUUCUACACCAAAUCACAAUCUAAAAUUUAAAUUAGAAUAAAACAAACAAUUUCAAAUUUGGAUGGAUUAAUAAUAAAAGUUUCUUAAAAACAUGAAACAAACUAUAAAUUCACAAAAAAUAAAGUAUAAAAACACUUAAAUUUUGAGCUCGAAAAUAUCACAUUCACCAUAGAUUUUCCAAGAUUUACCAUCAAUACAUCUACAAAUUGAAACUUCAAGUGUGAGCUAGCACAAAAUUGGUUUAAAACAAAUGUGAAACUUGGACUGAAUUGCUUCAAAAACAAAUGUGAAGCUCUUUCGAAUUAAAGAAGUGAAGUGAAUGUUAUGAAAAAUUAUGAAAUUAGUGCAACAACGCAGAGACUAGUCUGGUGAACUAAAUAAUCAUUUAAAAGUGUCAUCGUGUGUACAUAAUAUGUAAGAAAAUGAUGACACCACUUGAAAGUGAUAAGAUGUACGGCUUUCAGAGACAGGAGGAACAGAUAAUCCCGGGUAACCCCCCCUACCCGCCAGGUGCACCCCAGCCUUAUGGGGGCUACGGACAACCCCCAUAUCCAACACAGGGCGGAGGAUAUCCUCCACAAGGUGGUGGAUAUCCACCACAAGGAGGUGGUUAUCCACCACAAGGGGGCGGCUAUCCUCCCCAAGGAGGUUAUCCUCCACAAGGAUAUCCUCCACAAGGAUAUCCUCCCCAGGAUGGAGGCUAUCCUCCGCAGGGGGGUUAUCCUCCUAUGGGAGGAGGUGGAUAUCCUCCAAUGGGAGGCGGUGGAUAUCCACCCUACGGAGGCGGACAGCCAGUUGAACAGCAGAUGCAUAUGGGGGGUCCGUACCGGCCGGGACGCCAGGGAGAUCCCGAAUGUAAUCCUGAGGGAUUUUCAGACGGAUUCACCGACGCCACAGUUCGCCAGAACUUCGUCAAAAAGGUCUACCUCAUUCUGUUCGUGCAGCUAGCCUUCACUACGGCCAUCGCUUUUCCCUUCUCCGUUGUAGAUGGCGUCAGAGAGUUCGCACAUGACAAGCCGUGGUUUAUGUUUGUUGGACUGGGAAUAUUCAUCGUGACACAGAUAAUGUUGGUGUGCUGCGAAAGCAUGCGCCGCACCUUCCCUACCAACUUCAUUCUUCUUGGAUUGAUGACUUUUGGAAUGUCGAUUAUCGUUGGAUUUACAACAGUAAGGUACAAAACUGAAGUGGUUCUUAUGGCUUUCCUGCUGGCUGCUCUGGUCUGUCUUGCUGUCUCUCUCAUCGCCUGGUGUUGUCCUUUCGAUAUCACCGGCUGCGGUAUGCUGAUGUGUGUGUUGGGAAUUGCCUUCUCAGUUUUCGGUCUCGCUUCGAUUGUUCUCGUCUCUUUCUUCAAGAUAAAGUUCAUCAUGCUGAUCUACGCUGGAUUUGGAGUUGCUUUGUUCAGUUUGUACUUGAUGUUCGACACCCAGCAGAUAAUGGGUGGCAAGAGAGUAGAGUUGUCACCGGAAGAAUAUGUUCUUGGAGCUCUGCAGCUGUACAUCGACAUGAUUGAAAUAUUUCUGCACCUUCUGCCUCUUGUAGCUGCUUGCUUCAGUGAUGACUAGGCAUCAUCAUCAUCAAUUAAUUGAUUACUCAAUCUGAAAAUCGCAGUAACCAUCUCUACACAAUAUAACCUGCAAACGUUGUGAAUUAUUUGUGAAAGCGUUGUAUAUUAUGUGUUAUUCACUCAUUCUAAUCCUUAAUUUGGAAUUUAUUUUUGGUUGUUCACUAUUGAAUCUGUGAGUUUCAGCUCUAUGUAAACGAUUUAUAUAUAACCUGAACAAGAACCGUAAUUAACGUCAUCAAGUACCCAUUUUUAGUUAAUCAAAUCUCAACUAGUUUCAAUGAAUGAGUUGAAACUAGUUGAGAUUAAAGGUGAUGGUUUCUUGAUCCAUUCCGUGCUGCUUUGUAUUAACACACUUUUCUUAUGUAUUUAAACACGACAUGCAGUCAAUUAUUAAGUAAAUAAUUAAAAACUUUUACUUACUGACUGAAGUACUUUCGAUCGUCUAGCGAUCAUUUUCAACAGUGCAGACCGGAAAUGUUUUGAUGGUUAGGAAGUUUCUUGGUGUUUAUUAUGUGAUCAAAAAGUUUGUUGAUUUGAAACUUUUUGAUCACAUAAUAAACACCAAGAAACUUCCUAACCAUUUCAAAACAUUUCCGGUCUGCACUGUUGAAAAUGAUCGCUAGACGAUCGAAAGUACUUCAGUCAGUAAGUAAAAGUUUUUUAUUAUUUACGUAAUAAUUGACUGCAUGUCGUGUUUAAAUACAUAAGAAAGUAGUUGAGAUUUUUGAUAAAAUAGAAAAAGGUACUUGAUAAAGUUUAAUGUGUUGAAAUGAUUUCAGAAGCCCCACAUAGAAAAGUGAGAACCUACAGUUUUGAAUUAUUUGAGCAAAGCUUUGUUGAUGUGCUAUAACAAACUAGUUCUACCACUUUCUCUUAAUUCAUAACCAAUUUAUCAACUAAUACUGAAAAUGAGAAUUCAGUGCUAUUUACACAAAAUGUAGCCUAUAGAUACAGCAAAUUCAGUAAACAAUUGCAGCCUAUAAUACAACAAAUGCGAAUUUUACGCAUAUAUAGUCUACAGAAGUUGUGAUUUUUUGACUGUUUUAUAAUUGCUAGUUCUAAACCAUAUUGAUUUAGAACUAAUUCAUCAUUAUUGAUUGAUAAUCAAUAUUGAAGCUGAUGAUUGUCGAACACAGUGUAUAUAGUUCUAGAUUUAUCGUCAUAGUUGGAAGUUUCAUAGCCACGAUACCUUCAUCAUAAUAAUUUAGUAUUUAUGGAAUCAUUUCGUCUUAUUAAUUCAUGGACUUCUAUUGUUUUGAUGUGAUAGUAUUAUUAGUGUUGAAGUAAUACUAAUUAUGUAUUGUUAAUUAUAAUUAUUCAAAAUGGCUACUGAUAGUGUGUAUGAUUGGGAUAUUGGUUGAGGUCAAAAUUUAGUAGAGCGGUGAAGGUAGAAUGUAGCCGAGAAGGUAGCUGAGAGUGUUAAAAUACACGUAUCUAAUAUCCUUCGCCGUUCACCUUGUAUUGACCUUUACAGUAAUAUAUACUAGCAAGUGUUCUUAAGAACAGGAAUUUAAGGAAACUUGAGGAAGUUUCAUUUUAUUGGAUAGUUGAGAAAAUUUGUAAGGGUUGCUAUUAAUUUUUAUUGGAUCAUCUUUACCAAUUGUUAAUCAAUUCAUGAAUUGCAACCACAGAUUGUAUCUUGAUUUUUCAAACACCACUAAACUCUGUGAAUUUCUUUCACUAUCAAUCAAUUUAUGAGUAUUAAUCAUUCAAUGAAUUUCAUAACUGAUCAUUCAUCUUUAUGAAUACGAUUGAAAAUAAUCUAUCUUGUUAUUGUCUUGAAUUCAAUAGUGAUGAUAAUAAUAUACCAAAUACAGUAUGUAAUUCUAAUUGGAAUCUUGAGAUUUGAGCAAGCACUUUGAACAGUUGGAUUUUUGAAUUUAGCUUGAAGAAAAUUAAUUCUACAAUAUUUCAAAACAACGAUAUAGCUGUAAAAUGUUGUGUUUUCACUGGAAGUUGAUAACAAUAAUAUUCUGAGAUUCCUUUUUUAUUCUACUAUUUUCCAUCAAUUUCGUUGUAGUCUGUUUGAACACCUGAAGCAUAUAGUUUGAAAAUUCGAUAGUAAUUUUCAAAAGAUAAAUAUAUAAAUUUCCCAAGGUUUCAAUGAAGAUGAGAAUCUUUGUGAGUUUUUCAACUCCCCAACUAUUAUUAUUUUGUCGAUAUGCAAGGCCUUCAUGUACAUAUUUACGAGACUUGUAAGUUUAUCGUUGUAUUCUAAUACUAUUUAAUAUAUGAUAGCUAAGAGGUGAUUAACAUGAAAUUGAUUUGCUUUGAUGUUGAGAUGUUGCAUAAUAUUGCACGUAAUUAAUUUUAAUUAUCCAUUAUAAUGUCAGUUGAAUGUGUGGUGAAAUAUAUUGCAAAUAAUAUUGAAUUCAUUAAGCACUGCAUGAGCUAUCCAAUGUAAUUGAACUAUACUUAGUGCUAAAUCAUAUUAAAUAAAUACUAUUGGAUUGAUAAAAUAUUUAGAAUAGUCAAGUCGUUAAUAAUAUGCAUUACUGUGUAUUUAACAGAAAUUUCUGUUUUGAGAUUAGUAGCAUCUAUUUUAAAUUUGUAAAUUUACAAGAUUAUAUUCUAUUCUACUAUGGUUCAAUACUACAAUAUCCUAUGAAUAGUUUGAAGAAUAAUGUUGACAGUGCCUAAAAUUCCUUUUCAAUAAGUUUUUCUUGUUUUAAUAACAGUAAAAUGUUUUUGACGAGUCAUACAUUUAUGAUAUAGUUGAUUGAGCAAAAUAUGAGUAAUUACUGAAUAUUUCAAUUAUUAUAAUUUUCAAUACCAAUAUUAUGAUAGAAUAUUAUUGUGUGAGAUUAUUCAACACGUUAUAAUAAACGUUGAUAGUUAUUAAAAAUUUAAAUUUAUUAUGUAUCUCAAAUUGAUUGAUUCACAAGCGAUACCAAUAACAGACUGGUAGCUAAUUUUAAAAUUUUGGAUUUUCAUUUAUUUAUUCAAAAUCUCACAUUCUUUAUGGUAUCUGCUCAAUUUAACAUCGGUUAAUGAAACUUAUUCACAGAUAAAAUGCAUGGUAAUUUCUGUAUGAUUUUUUUCUCCUUAAUUUUGUUAUAUUAUCUGGAAAUAGAAAAUUCUUGUUUAUUUUUUCAAUGAUCAGCCCCUAAAUAGAAAAUGUAUUCCAUAGCAAUUUGUAUUUUCAUAAUAAAAACUAUAUAUUUAUGGUAGCCUAUGAAAUAAUCCACUGAUUAGCUUUUGUAUUAAAUUGUUGGUACAUAUUAAAAAAUAUAUAUUCUGAUGUCCAUUAGAGGUGUUCUAGGCAGUUGAUAUUAUCUAUCUUUAUAAUUCAACUUUAACACAACACUAAAUCACUAUUUUUAAUAUGAUUUAUUUUUAUAAUAUAACGUGUGAAUCGAGUUUUGAGCCAAAAAAUAUAAUAUUAUAAAUACACAAUCUACAUGAAAUAAUAAUAUAAUACAAUACUUCAGAGCCUUAUGUGUGUUAGGGUAGUGAGGAUUUUAUUGUGAGUAUAAGCAUAUGCAAACAACGUUAUUCAUAUUUUGCGCAUGAAUAGAAUUUUGCAUUAGCUAAAAGGUUUUGCCAGCAUUGAGAAAAUAUAUGCAAAACUUGAAAAGCAGUUGAUGUAAUUUUAAAACUACAAUACUAUCAUUCCAUCUUGCUAUUAUGUCGUAAUAAAAUGAUUAAAAUUUAUUAGCGAGUCUUUAUUGCAUUAAAUUCCAAAGAAUAAGAAGAUAUAUUGCCUUAUUGUAUUAAUUCUUUAUUUGAAUCAUUUUAUAAAUUGUAUCUUUACUAAAGCAAAUAAUAUUAAUCAUUAAUUAACUUUUCAGAUGUUCAUUAAACACUUCUGAUUACAUUAAUAUUGUUUUUGAAAAUUUUAUCGACGAUACCAAUUUUUAAAAUUAAUUGGUGAAUUGAAUUUUCACAAUUUUGUAAACCAAAUCUUAUUAUUUUUAGAAUAACUACUAUUGUUGUGAAAAUGGUUUGGUUGAUUAAGAUUUUUUUAUUUUAGUUUUACUGUAUUUCAAUAGUCUGAUAAUAUUGUAUUUAUAGCUUAGAAAUUUUUUGUCCAUUUAUCUAAUUAAAAGUCGAAUUUGAAUGUGUCAAUAAAUUUAUUCAUUUGUU